GGGCCGGGCCCAGGGGCGCUCCUGGCCGCACCUGCGCCCCCCCGGGCAGCCGGCCCAGCCGUGCACCCCUCCCGCUCCAGAUCCGGCUCCGCAGCGGUGCGGGACACAAGAAAGCAGCCCAGCCGCUCGCCCAGGAUCAGCUGAGCCCUGGAGCUGACUCUUGCCCACACGGCUGAGAAUGGCACAGAGACGCAGCCAGGCACCCAGACGGAGGUUAACCAGGGACACGCCAGGACUGUGACCCUGAUGUCUGUUCGGAGCUGCGGACUCAAGGGUGUGACAACAGCCAACUCGAGUGGGCACCAUGGCCUCGGCCGAGCCCCUGACCGCCCUGUCCCGCUGGUACCUGUACGCCAUCCACGGCUACUUCUGCGAGGUGAUGUUCACGGCCGCCUGGGAGUUCGUGGUGAACUUGAACUGGAAGUUCCCAGGGGUGACGAGCGUGUGGGCCCUCUUCAUCUAUGGCACGUCCAUCCUCAUCGUGGAGCGCAUGUACCUGCGCCUCCGUGGCCGCUGUCCCCUGCUGCUGCGCUGCCUCAUCUACACGCUCUGGACCUACCUGUGGGAGUUCACCACCGGCUUCAUCCUGCGCCAGUUCAACGCCUGCCCCUGGGACUACUCGCAAUUCGACUUCGACUUCAUGGGGCUCAUCACCCUGGAAUACGCCGUGCCCUGGUUCUGCGGGGCGCUCAUCAUGGAACAGUUCAUCAUCCGCAAUACCCUUCGUCUGCGCUUUGACAAGGAUGCUGAACCUGGAGAGCCCAGUGGCUCCCUGGCUCUGGCCAAUGGCCACGUCAAGACUGACUGAGGGGGUGGGUUAGGGUGGGGUGGCCUUGGGUGGGGACAGAUGUGGGCAAAGGCACCAAGCAGGUGGCAUCAUGGCCUCUUCUGUUCAGCACAAACCCUGCCCAGUCGGCCACAGCCCUAUAGGACCCCACCCAGCGUGGUUUUGGGGGGAAUUGGUCAGCCUUGGUGUGGGGUACAGAUGGGGGUAAUGCAGAGGAACUGGGCGUAGCCAGGCCCAGCUCAGAGCUGGAGCACUGAUCACCUUUGGCUACAGCAGGGCCAGUGCUGACGGAAGGACUGACCGGACCGGGCAGGGGAAGGAGGAGGCCUUGGGCCUUCUUGCCUCUUACCUGGUUUAGCUGGGCUUUGGCUGGCUCCAUUAGGCAAUAUGUCAGGUGCUUGCUUGCAACCAAUACCUCCCCAGGGGCCUGCUGAGCUGUAGCCUAAGGAAAGUGGGGGCAGCCAGGAAGCUGGUUGGCAGGUAUGGGCUGGGAGGGCUGGACGCCUCCCCCUGGCGCCUCUCCCCAUUCCCCAGGGCCCCCCCGAGCUGCUCCCUUGGCCUGCUGGGCCCUUACCCCUGACCCCUGGUGCUGGUUUCCCACCAAUCCUGGACUUUGGGAGGUUUUAAUCCCUGUGUGUUCUGUGGUGUCCCCCCCCCUUUCUCUUAUUUUACAAGGCCUUUACAACUAGUGGCCCCUUCAUCGUUCACACACUCUUCCCACCUCCAUUCUCAUGCCUAGCUCGUAGCUAGCAUAGCAGCUGCCAGAGAUAGAAGGCUAAGACAUG